GCAGCGCUGCGCUCCAGCCCCCUUUUCCCUCCAUGGUUUCUCUCCGCUCCCGUGAGUAACUUGGCUCCGGGGGCUCCGCUCGCCUUGCCCGCACGCCGCACGCCGCCUGGGACCGCGCCGCCGGCCUCCGCCGCGAGCAGACCCCCUUCCGACGGCCUUCGCUGCGCAGGCCGGGACGCCUCUCCCCCCUCCGCCCCCGCCGCGGAAAGUUAAGUUUGAAGAGGGGGGAAGAGGGGAACAUGGACAUGAAGAGGAGGAUCCACCUGGAGCUGAGGAACCGGACCCCGGCAGCUGUUCGGGAACUUGUCCUGGACAAUUGCAAAUCAAAUGAUGGGAAAAUUGAGGGCCUAACAGCUGAAUUUGUGAAUUUAGAGUUUCUCAGUUUAAUAAAUGUAGGCUUGAUCUCAGUUUCGAAUCUCCCCAAGCUACCGAAAUUGAAAAAGCUUGAGCUCAGUGACAAUAGAAUCUAUGGAGGUCUGGACAUGUUAGCAGAAAAACUUCCAAAUCUCACACAUCUAAACUUGAGUGGAAAUAAGCUGAAAGAUAUCAGCACCUUGGAGCCAUUGAAAAAGUUGGAUUGUCUGAAAAGUCUGGAUCUGUUUAACUGUGAGGUCACUAACCUGAAUGACUACCGAGAGAGCGUCUUCCGGCUCCUGCCCCAGCUGACCUACCUAGACGGCUACGACCGAGAGGACCGGGAAGCCCCUGACUCAGAUGCUGAGGUGGAUGGUGUAGAUGAAGAAGAAGAAGAUGAAGAAGGAGAAGAUGAGGAGGAUGAAGAGGAUGAAGAUGGCGAGGAGGAAGAGUUUGAUGAAGAAGAGGAUGAAGACGAAGAUGAAGACGUAGAAGGGGAAGAAGAUGAAGAUGAAGUCAGUGGAGAGGAAGAAGAAUUUGGACAUGAUGGAGAAGUUGAUGAAGAUGAAGAAGACGAGGAUGAGGAUGAGGAUGAGGAUGAAGAGGAAGAAGAAAGCGGCAAAGGUGAGAAGAGGAAGAGAGAAACAGAUGAUGAAGGAGAAGAUGACUAAGGCCCCAGUAACCUGCGAAGACAGAACUGCUCAGCGUUGGUUGGACUGCUCAUGGGUUUGGUAGCUGUUUUUUAAAAAGAAAAAAAAAGGUAGCUGUGAUACAGACCCCAGGACACCCACCCACCCAAAGAGCCAAAGAAUAGUUCCUGUGACAUUCCACCUUCCUCCAUGUAGUCCCUCUUGGUCACCCACCACCAAGCUCGGGGACUCACCCCAACAAAAUUGUAAGCGUUGUUAGGUUUGUGUGUGAGACUUGCUGUAGCGUGGGCAGCUGGGAUUGGUGAGUCAGCCGUCCGUGGCUACCAGUUACGCCGAGACUGUAACAGCAUUUUUACUUUCUGUACAACAAGAAGCUUUGUAAAUAAAAUCUUAACAUUUUG